CUUGUCGAAUCCAUCCAGUACCUACCUACCUAGGGUGGGUAGCUAUUUGCCCUCUUUCAAUGCCACCAACAAUAUGAACCUCCCACUCGUAAGCCACCUCCUCACGAGGCGGGAAACUUGUCUAAGCGCUGGUGGGCUAAGCGAAAUCCUCCCGAGGAUCCCACUAGCCUACCUAGGGUAUCAUUCCAGGAGAAAGCAGUCCUUGUCACUGACACCAACGCCGGGCGAGGCUACCAAGCCGCUCUCAAGUAUGCCACCCAGCCUGCCGAACCCAAGAAAAGAGCGAGGGGGCCAAAGCUGCCAUCCUCCGAGCCACAACCUACUACUCAGGGGAGAUCAUCCCCAUGGGUGUGGACUUCUCAACCUUCGCAGGCACUUUUCGCUUCGCCAAGGAACUUGGGAGGCGCGUGCCAGUACUGCAUGUUGCCCUCCUCAAUGUUGGCGUUUGUAUGCCGGACUUCAGGACGGGACCAGAUGGCUACGAGAUCAGUCUGCAGGUAACCGUUUUAUCAACGGUUAUCCUGGCAUUGCAAACCCUCCCGAUGCUUCGCCAGGCGCCCGCGGCUGAUGACUCCUUCACACCACACCUCUGUUUGACCAAUGGCAGGGCCUUCCUUGGCCUCGUGGAAUAUGACAUGCCAACCGACCAGACCUUGAUCGAGCGCAUAAAUGUUCCUUUCCAGUUUGUUGGUCGCCGCCAGUAUGAUUUCGUUAACCUCGCCUCCUUCUUCGCAAUGCUUGGUCUCGCGGAGAGGUCCAAGGCUGAAGAGGGGGCCAAACGAAGAUCGUAUUCUACUUUUUAUUUCGGCGGACCGCAGAACAGGGAACUCGCACUCUCGUCGGCGCCACUGGUCUGGAACUGGAAAGCUCAGGGAGAUUAUGGGCAAACGAUAUUCUGGUUCCACAAACCGAAUUUAUGA